UGAUAUAGUUUUGUCACAAUAUUAGAACCACAAUAUCGUAUCAUUUUUAUUAUUAUAGCUUCAAGACAAAUGGAACUAGAACAUAAAACCAAAAACCUCUUCAACUCUUUUGCAUCACCAAGAGAAAUUUUCUACCUCUUCACACACACACUUUUAAGCCUCUUCCUACCUCUCUCAUUUCUUCUCCUAGCUAAACUCUCAGAAAUUCAAUACUAUUUUCAACGGUAUCGAAAAUAUUAUUACUCAUCACCACAAAAUUUUCCAUAUAUUUUAACUCUUGCUCUUCAUUUCAACCCUAUUAUUCUCUACUUUUUAGUUUUUAUUAUAAGUAUAGUUUCAUUAAUUCAUGUCGUAUCCGACAAAAUUAUAAACUUGAGUGACUCGAGCACAAUUGUUCAACAACCUCGUCUCUACAUUGCAUGGAUUCUCCUUUGUGUUUUUCAAGUUUUUGUUGGUUUAGGACUUGAAGGGACUAUUUUGGUUGGGUUAUAUGAUUAUGAACCUUUUAGUUUUGUUGGUGUUGAAACUAGCUUUUUGAGUAGAGUGGUUUUUGUUUUUGGGUUGCAUGAAACAACAAGAGUUUGGUGUAGAAUGGUGGUGAAGCCAGUUGUUGAUGACACUGUUUUUGGGGGUGUAGAUAGAAAGGAAAGAUGGGUUGAGAAAGUGGUUUUGGCUAUGUGUUUAGGAAUUUUAUGGUGGUGGAAAUUGAGAGAUGAUGUGGAGAUUUUGGUGGUUAUGAGUGAGGCAAAGAAAGAUCAAUUGAUGGAAGUUGGAAUUAAUGAUUUUGUUGGAGGAUGGCUAUAUUAUUGGACUAUUAUAAUUGGGAUGGUAAAGGUUGGAAAGGGAGUUAUGUGGAUUGUUAUGGCAAUGAUUUGUUCUUGUAGAAGGGAAAUGAAAAAUUCCAUGGUGGAAACUAGUGAGAAUGAUGAUAAAGUGUAAAGUAAUUUGACCUAUGUUCUAAUUGUAUUUUUUGUUUGUAUUUUGUGU